CACCUCACUGCGGCCGACCGCAAAAAAUUCUGGAUCUUGUCUGCGUUUUUACCAAUUUUUAUCAUCUAGUGUUGCGUGUCUUCAUUCAUCGGUUUGACAUUGUCAAGCUGUUAUCUUCAGAGUUAUAUCUGCACUGCAGCGCUCACUGGAAGAUAUAAGUCUGAGCAUCACUUGCCGUGCUGAAAGCGAAGACUUAAUUGUGCAUGCAGCAUCCGACGUUUAAAUUUAGCAUUGUCCGCAUGCGUGUCAGUUCUGCCACAUCGUUAAUAUUUCUAUCGUUGCACAUCUAAAUGUUGAGCAGCAAUAUAAAACACAUCCCUCAAACCGGCGACGGUGUGCACACACACUGACAGGAAGUGGAGCGAGUGCAGUAUGUUUGACUGAGGACUGCUGUUUUGGGAGGAUUAAACAUUGUGGAGACUUUCUGCUGGAGGAUGUAGAAUUUUUGAAGAAGAGCAACAGGUCCAGCGGUGCAGCCCGAGAGUAAAUGUAUUGAUUUAGUCAUUUAGCUGCUUCCAGCCCACAUGAAGAGAAAGUGGAAAUGUGACUGUUGCAUACAGAAUUUACUGAGUUAAACAAAGAGAGAAGAAAAGAAAAAAACCUUAAACUAAGACCUCAUCCACAAAUGGAGUCUCAGAGGUUGGAGCAUUUGAAAGCCAUCAUAAGGACUCUGCCUUAAGCUUUCGGGGAAAUCUCAGCAGACAGAAACGUUGUGCAGGACAGUCUGAAAAGGGUCAAACCUCACCUGGGAGAGGACGAGAGUCUGGCCAGACGGUUUUCCCAGAGACCCUCCCUCACCCCCUGCAGUAUGACAUCAUCUGUCUGGUCCGAGGCGCCGCAGGGCGCUUGCACACAAAACGCUCACUGUGACCUUGUGGUGUCUGAAAGGUGAGGAGGAGAACUCAGUGGCCUCCUGUGUUCACCCGAGCGGGAACAUAAAAAGAACCUCGAAACCAGCGGUAUCUGAGGUGCCUGAGCAUUUCAGGUGUCAGACUGAGUAACAGCUCAGCAGCUGGUGCCCUCUCACGGGGAAGGACACUUUAAUAUGCUCUAAGACCGUGGCAGUUUCACAGCAGCACUUACACUUUCAUUUACAACCCCUAGACCAAUAGCCCGCGAUUUGAAAUAAUCUAUAAAUAUCUGUGUUCCUUUCUCAAGAACAUUUAUCCCUGAAAAACGAAUGCAGGUACAAUCAAUCAAUGUCUUUAAAUCCAAAAAGGGAUUGAUGACUACGUUUAAAAGGGGUAACCUCACCUGCAUAACUUACUGUAUUUGUAUUUAUGUAUAUUUUUAAUUUUCGGUGUUGUGUACUACUCAAUGCCACCAUGCAAGACACUAUAUAUAUUGGACUCAAAUUCUUCAGGUGGACACAAGCAUUACUCCGAGUGAAUAACUGUGAAAUAUGUAUGUACACGACUUCACCAUAGCAACUUUAUACGGCGUCAGUGUUGUGUUUAAUGGUUGAGCCCCCAAGUGACCAUAUGAAAACAAUAAUUAACAAAUGUAUAAUGCGGAUUGUAAUGUGUAUCUGUCAAAAUUUGGUUGUGUUUACUUGUGAUUUCCAGGAGAAGAGAAAAUUACUUUUUUAACAGAAUACAUCAGAUGUACUGACCAGUCAGUCUUUGAAAGAAAACAGAAAAAACCACAUGGGACUCAGCGUUCAGACGGACACGAAAACAGCACAGUCAUCGAGCAGCUUUCAAAGCUAAGCCCGAGAAGCGUUUGUUUUAAUAAUUCACGGUGACAUUUUCCAUCCUGCACAGGAAGGCCUCAGCCGUUUUGUGAGGCAGCCAACAUGUCUGCAUUUCUUUCUUUUUUUGAAAUGUCUCAUCCUCUUUCUCAUGUUUGCUUGAGAUUCUCAUUCUGAAAGAGGUUCCUCUCAGUGUUUGCACUCAGCAUGUUCACAUGGAGAAAUCUGGAGUAUGACAGCGAUAGAGGCAAACUGCGGAGUCAACAUGGCGGCGGUGGAUGUCAUUGUGGACAACCUGGUGACGCUGUGGCGGAUACCGGCCGCUCGACACUACUUUCCCUGGAUCUUCGUGCUGAUUUCGGUCGUGGGCUCGGUCGUGAAGGAGCUGGAGCUCGUCCCGCCGACUUACUUCAGCAGCAGCAGGAAUGUCCUGAAUAUGUACUUUGUCAAAGUGUCCUGGGGGUGGACGCUGCUGCUGCUGACGCCCUUCCUCCUCCUCUCCAACUCCUCCUUCAGCAGGAGCGCGUCGUUCCUCGGCCGGCGGCUGCUCUCCCUGGCGGUGGCGACAGCCGUCUGGUACGUCUGCACGGAGACGUUCUUCUACAUCGAGGACUUGACCGGCUCCUGUUUCGAAACUGGCACCGUGGACGUUCUACGCGAGCAGUUCACGUCAAAGUCCGCCUGCAGGCACGCCGGCUUGCGCUGGCAGGGCUAUGACAUCUCGGGACACUCCUUCAUCCUGUCCUACUCGGCCCUGUUCAUCGUAGAGGAAACGGCCCCCAUGUCGUCCAUGAAGACAGCCGGCCUGUCUGCGCUGCCCAGAACGGUCCUCAACCUACUGUACGUCGCCUUGAACCUUAUCGUGAUCUUAUGGGUGUGGAUGUUCGCCUGCACCUCUGUCUACUUCCAUGACCUGGUUCAAAAGUGGCUGGGGACCACGUGCGGCCUGUUGGGGUGGUACCUCACGUAUCGGGUUUGGUAUCUAAUGCCUCUGUCUCCAGGACUCCCCCCUCAGCGUCACCUAAAAGAAAAGAAACAGCACGCCUAAGACGCCGUCAUACUUGACCCGCACGAGAUUUGUUACUAAAAAAAUCUUAACCGUCCCCAAAACAACACACUACAGCCGAUGUCAUCUGUCUCCAGGUCCGAGCUCGUCACUCCAUAUCUAGUUGUUCCCUCCGCGCAGAGAGGUCGUCGUGCACAUGAGGACCGGCUCACGGCUGCUGUUCCCAAAAUGACUCUUGCUAAUCUGAGAUAAAAAAGCAAGACGCUGCUCUCUUGUCCGGCUUCAGCCUCUCACCUUCAGCGGCUCGCGUGCUCGACAAGUGUAUCUGCCAGUUUGUUGCCUUAAAAUGUUUGGGUUUUUUUCUCCCUCAUGGAUGAAUAAUCACAUUUUUUACACAUGUGGGAGUGCGAACAGUAGAGAAUGAUUACAGCAGCUGAAGCUCUGACGUCGUGUAUUUUUGCAGACCAAUGUACAGUAGAUGUUCAUUGUUUUUAUAGGAAAUGACCUUCACAACAAAGUGAGAUCAGAAACUGUAAUUUCAGUCCAACUACAUUAAAUCCUACAGGUGGGAUUUUAUUGAGCUGUCUGUUUUUUUUGAAUCACAUAUGGUUUGAUUAUUGCUGCGACUGUUAGCAAUAUAUGUAAAUCUUUGCUCUGACGAUGUAGAACUUAAUAACUUAAAUAUCAGAUAUUGAGAUUAUUUUAACUGUAGCUAUAGGCCAACCCCCCAAAGGGUAAAAUAUAAUUUAAAAUACUCCUCAUUUUACUUCGCGCUGCAUCUAACCUUUUUUUUUCUGGAUUAAUCAUAUGAAAAAUAGAGUGUGAGAGAGAGAGGAAGAAAAUCCUCCAAUAUUUGACUUUUGUCCUUUUCAAAAUAAAAACUUCAAUGAAUUGUUAAAACAUUUGCAAUGCUUUGUCAAGUGAAAACCUUUUUCAGCUCUUAAUUUUUUCUCAACCUCAAAAUUCAACAUGAAAAAAACAAAAACUGAAUUUAUCCUGUUCACUUAUUUAAUUAAGUAUUGCCAAGUCAUUUCCUCUGUGCCACAGACCUCCAUUGUUUUCUAAAAUCUAAUAAAAACACAUAACUGAU